CUCGCGAACUCGCCGCACUCCCGCUGCCCUCCACCCGCUGCGAUCGCGCCGUCCCGCGCCGUCCCGCGCGCCGAGACCCACGUCCACCAUGCGGAAGGCUUCGGGCGGCAGCAGCCCCGGCAAGCCUAAAGAAGCCACCUUCAGCGCCGAGGAUGGCUACGUGAAGAUGUUCCUCAGGGGCCGCCCGAUCCCCAUGUUCGUCCCGGACGCUGUCGUUGCCACGUACAGCCUGGACGCCAAGCUGGAGCUGCCCCACAGGAAGCUGAAGCUGGACUGGGUGUACGGGUACCGGGGCCGCGACUGCCGGGCGAACCUUUUCCUGCUGCCCACGGGGGAGAUCGUGUAUUUUGUGGCUGCCGUGGCCGUGCUGUUCAACGUGGAGGAGCAGCGGCAGCGGCACUACCUGGGCCACAACGAUGACAUCAAGUGCCUGGCUGUGCAUCCGGACAUGGUGACCAUAGCAACGGGGCAGAUGGCCGGGACCUCUAAGGAUGGCAAGCCGCUGCCCCCCCACGUCCGGGUCUGGGAUUCCGUGAGCCUGAACACGCUGCAUGUCCUGGGACCCGGGCCCUUCGACCGAGCCGUGGUCUGCGUGGGGUUCUCCAAGUCUAACGGGGGCGGGCUCCUGUGUGCCGUCGACGACUCCAACGACCACGUGCUGUCGGUGUGGGACUGGCAGAAGGAGCAGAGACUUGCCGACGUGAAGUGCUCCAAUGAGUCUGUGCUGGCCGCCACCUUCCACCCCACGGAGCCGGCCCUGCUCAUCACCUGCGGGAAGUCCCACAUCCACUUCUGGGUGCUGGAGGGAGGCAGCCUCAGCAAGCGGCAGGGCAUCUUUGAGAAACACGAGAAACCCAAGUACGUCCUGUGCAUCGCUUUCACAGAGAAUGGGGACACGGUGACCGGCGAUUCUGGGGGCAAUCUCUACAUUUGGGGGAAAGGGGGAAACCGGAUCUGCCACGCCGUGCCCGGCGCCCACGAAGGCGGCAUCUUCGGUUUGUGCGUGUUGCGGAACGGGACCAUCGUCACCGGAGGCGGCAGAGACCGCAGGGUCAUUCUGUGGGGACAGGACUACCAGAAGCUUCAGGAGAACGAGGUACCGGAAGGGUUUGGGCCUGUGCGCACCAUCGCCGAAGGGAAGGGGGACUCCCUGUUUGUCGGCACCACCCGCAACUCGGUGCUUCACGGAUCCCUGGCUACCGGCUUCUCUCUGCUGGUGCAGGGACACACGGAGGAGCUCUGGGGCCUGGCCACCCACCCUGUCCUGGAGCAGUUCGUGACCUGCGGGCAAGACAAGCAGGUGCACCUGUGGAGCGUGGCCACCCACCAGCCCCUGUGGAGCAAGGGGAUUGAGGACCCGGCGCGUUCCGCUGGCUUCCACCCAAGCGGCUCGGUGCUGGUGGUGGGCACCAUGACCGGCAGGUGGCUGGUGCUGGACACGGAGAGCAGGGGCCUCGUGAGCAUCCACACGGACGGCGCGGAGCCCAUCUCGGUGGUCAGCUUCUCCCCAGAUGGCAAGUACCUGGCCCUGGGCUCCCACGACAACUUCGUCUACAUUUACCUGGUUUCCGAGGGAGGCCGGAAGUACGGGCGCGUCGGCAAGUGCUCGGGGCACUCCAGUUUCAUCACCCACCUGGACUGGGCCUUUGACAGCAGCUGCUUGGUCACCAAUUCCGGGGAUUACGAGAUCCUUUACUGGGACCCCUCCACCUGCCGGCAGAUCACCAGCGCCGAGGCCGUGCGCAACACGGACUGGGCCUCGGCCACCUGCGUGCUGGGCUUUGGGGUCUUCGGGAUCUGGCCGGAGGGCGCGGACGGCACGGACAUCAACGCGGUCUGCCGCUCCCACGACGGGAAGCUGCUGGCGUCGGCCGACGACUUCGGCAAAGUGCACUUGUUCUCGUACCCCUGCUGCCAGCCGCGGGCCCCCAGCCACACCUACGGCGGGCACAGCAGCCACGUCACCAGCGUCGCCUUCCUGCACGACGACAGCCUGCUGCUCUCCACCGGCGGGACCGACACCAGCAUCCUGCAGUGGCGCCUCGUGUAGGAGCGCUGG